CGGACAUCGUAGUAAAGCUAUGCCCGCAUGGCGGCGGCUCUUCUGGUCGGCCCUCCUCCUCCUCCUCCUCCUCCUCGUUUGGCCGCCGUGCUUUCCCGCCAGGACCGCGCCGGGCACCGUAACCGUAGUAACCGUCGACGCCCGGAAUUCCACGUGGCGGGACUUCUCGAGGUUCCAGGACGCCGGGAAGGGGACCCAGGUGGACGGCAUGUCGGAGCUCAAGCGGUACUUCAGCCGGUUCGGGUACCUCCCCGCCGCCGUCUCCGACUUCACGGACGUGUUCGAUGACGACUUCGAGUCCGCCGUCGUCGCGUUCCAGACCAACCUCGGGCUCGACGUCACCGGCGAGCUCAACGCCGAGACCAUAUCGGCCGUCAUGUCGCCCCGGUGCGGCGUCGGGGACACCCCCGUCGACGGCGCGCAGCCGCUGCGGCGCUACGCGUACUUCCCCGGGCGGCCGCGGUGGGACCGGGCGGAGCCCGCGACGCUCAGCUACGCGCUCUCGCCGCAGUACACGGUCGGGUACCUGAGCCAGGAGGACGUGAGGGCGGUGUUCCGGCGCUCGUUCGCGCGGUGGUCGGCGGUGAUCCCGGUGAGCUUCGUCGAGGCGGUGGAGUACCGGAAGGCGGACAUCCGGAUCGGGUUCUACCGGGGGGACCACGGGGACGGGCAGCCGUUCGACGGGGUGCUCGGGGUGCUGGCGCACGCGUUCUCGCCGGAGGACGGGCGGGUCCACUUCGACGCGGCGGAGACGUGGGCGCUGGACUUCAAGAGGGAGAAGGCGAAGGUGGCGAUCGAUCUGGAGUCAGUGGCGACGCACGAGAUCGGCCACGUCCUGGGGCUGGGCCACAGCUCGGUCCGGGAGGCGGUGAUGUACCCGAGGGUGAACCCGAGGACGAGGAAGGUGGACCUGAGGAUCGACGACGUCGAGGGGGUGCAGGCGCUCUACGGGUCGAACCCGAAUUUCAGGCUGAGCUCGCUGCUGGAGUCGGAGAGCGAAAAUAACGGAGGCGUUCGUGGCGGCGGCGGAUUGGAGCGGAGGUGGUUUGCGUGGUCCACCUGGUUAGUGGCUCUGGUGGUGGAUUUGAUGUUACCUCUGUGGUUGUGAGCAUGAUUGAUGGACAGGACAGCCUUUAG